AAAAAAUACUGGUGCAGGCUGUUGCCGGCCGUCAUCCAGUGUUCCGUCUUCCUGCUCGUCUACAUGCUGCUGCUGCUGUUGGCCCUGGCUGAAGAGUUCAGGUACGCUCCUUCACUACUGCAGUACUUAUGCUGCUGGAUCCAUGAAAACAACAGUGCCCGCAACCUCCUCACCCUCACCGCCAUCGUCCUCAACUUUGGCUUGGUGUCUGUUGACAUGGUAUGGUGCACUCUGGCAGACACUGGGGAGACGGAUGUAAUGGACAGAACCAACGCAGCCUCACGUCCACUCAGCGUCUGCACUUACCCUGAGGUCUUCAUUCUGAGCGGCGUAAUCGCCAUGGUGACUUGUGCCGUGUUCCUGCGUCUAAACUCUCUGCUGAAGCUGGCGGUGUUGCUGCUGGCGAAGGCUGUCUACUCCUACCUCAUCCACCUGGCCUUCCUCACACUCGCACGCCACGAUACACUGCACAGAUCUCACUAUGUCCGGAUGAAAGGAAUCUCCAUCCUUCUCAUGGCCAUGUUUAUUGUUGCUGUCUUCUACAAUGGACGGCAGUGGGAGGCCACUGCCAGACUGGACUUCCUGUGGCGUCUACAGGCCCAACAGGAAGUAGAGGACAUGAGGGAAUUGCGGGAACACAAUAAGUGUCUGUUACACAACAUCCUGCCGGUGCAUGUGGCGUGACAUUUUCUGGACCGGAGCAAGAAUGAUAAGGAGAUUUACUCCCAGUCCUACGAUGAAGUUGGUGUCAUGUUUGCCUCCGUCGCUGGAUUCAACGAGUACUUUGAGCAGAAAGAGACCAAACAUGAAGGAGUGGACUGCCUCCGACUUCUAAAUGAGAUCAUUGCUGGCUUUGAUGAGUUGUUGGAGGAGUCGUACUUCCACUAUGUGGAGAAGAUCAAGACCAUCGGGAGCUGCUACAUGGCAGCUUCUGGCUUAGCUCCAGACCGCCAGGCAUCUAGAGAUGAAUGGAACCACCUGAGCGAGCUGGUUUUGUUUGCACUGGCAAUGGAAGAGACCUUGAAAGAGAUCAACAAGCUCUCAGCCCAAAAGUUUCUGCUGCGUGUCGGCAUUGCCCACGGGCCAGUGGUCGCAGGGGUGAUCGGUGCCACCAAGCCGCAGUAUGACAUCUGGGGGUCAACGGUGAACCUGGCCAGCCGCAUGGACAGCACGGGUGUGAGCGGACGUAUCCAGGUACCUGAGGCCGCGCGCAAGAUCCUGGCAGAAUGGGGUUUUAUCUUGGAGCUACGUGGAGAAAUCUUCGUCAAGGGGGUGAGCGAGUAUCGGGGGAAGGUCCGGACCUAUUUCAUCAGCAGCAUGCGCAGCAAGACGGCCAGUGUUGGGACGGAUGGUUGCCUGGCGGUGCCGACAGGAGAAAGACGCAUGUCGCUUGCAAAAGUGGUGUUUGGUCUCGUCCAGGCCAAACACAAGGAAAAGAUGAGAGGGACCAACGGGGCGUUCGGCCUGCCUCCCUGCAGACUUCAUUGGUGAGGGGGCGUUCAAGGUCAGAUGACUGCUGGUGGCGGAGGACACAGCCCGGCCAUAUUGUUUCUACUGGUUUACACUUUUGUUGUUUGUGUUUCUUACUUUGCCUUGCCAUAACUAAAUUACUCCAAACUGGAGAAGAGGGUGCAACUGCUAGGAUCCAAAGCCCAACAGAGCCUUUGUUCCUGUUUACUCGGUGACCGUGUCCUCCUCGGCUUUCCUGUCAUCUAAAAACAUAAAUAUUUUUGGAAUGUAACGGGGAACACAACCUACAUUUAGAUUCCCAAUAUGUUAUUUCCAUGGCCUCGGAAAGUUAAAUCAGUAUUUGUGAACAUGAGCCACUCUCUCUCUCUCUCUUGUAGCCGGAAACCAGAGAAGUGAGUCUCAAACUUCCAGCUCCAGACUUUGUAUCUGAAGACAUCACACAUUUGAGAAUAAGCACUUAAUUUGGGAGAAAGUUGUUCAUAUUUUCUCAGAUUUUCCCCAUUAAUGGACAAACAGGGGAAAUAAUAAAUGGGCAGAUUUCUCUUGCUUAGAAGGGACCUAACUGGCACUGCUUUUUAUAUUUGUAUUGCCAUAUAUUCACAUUAUAAACAGUGUCAAGCAUUUUAGGUUCACACAACUAAAGAAGGCCAACGUGUCUUUAUUUUUUUGCUGGAAUAACACUCCAGCAAGUCUCCAGACCUCGAAGCCAAAAUACCUCAAGACAACCAGCUCAACCUCUCAUAUACUCUCUAAUGGCCUACACAGUGCUGACUAGUGUUUUUUUACUACUACAUACUGCAUCAUUCUCAAAAUGUUCCCUAUGUUUUCUAUUUUGAGUUGACACAAUACUAAGCUGAGCUAAUGUUAUUCAAGAUUUUCAAAGACACGUUUUGGUGGGACUUUGGUCGACAUAAGUACCAUUAUUUAUGAAUCUGUUGCUUUUCGUGCCAUGCCAUUCCUCCUCUUGCAUACUAAAACCAAGAAGGUUCUCUUCCCAUCUAAUAAAGGUGUAAUAAUACUUUAAA